CGCCCCUGCCGGAUAGGUGAAGGUGAGAGUCUCCUCCAGCCACCGGGACUAGACGGGACCCAGCGGCUCCGGACGCAGAGUGGAAGUUCUCGGUUGUCUCCAGCUCCACUGCAAUGGCGCCUCCUUCUGUGUUCGCCGAGGUUCCGCAGGCCCAGCCCGUCCUUGUCUUUAAGCUCACUGCCGAUUUCCGGGAGGAUCCGGACCCCCGCAAGGUCAACCUGGGCGUGGGAGCUUAUCGCACAGAUGACUGCCAGCCAUGGGUUUUGCCCGUCGUGAGGAAGGUGGAGCAGAAGAUUGCUAACGACAGUAGCCUAAACCACGAGUACCUGCCCAUCCUGGGCCUGGCGGAGUUCCGGACCUGUGCAUCCCGCCUCGCCCUUGGGGAUAACAGUCCAGCUCUCCAGGAGAAUCGGGUGGGAGGUGUGCAGUCUUUGGGGGGAACAGGCGCACUUCGAAUCGGAGCUGAGUUCUUAGCGCGAUGGUACAAUGGAACGAACAACAAGGACACGCCUGUCUACGUGUCCUCACCAACCUGGGAGAAUCAUAAUGGUGUCUUUUCUGCUGCUGGAUUUAAAGACAUUCGGUCCUAUCACUAUUGGGAUGCAGCGAAGAGAGGACUCGAUCUCCAGGGUUUCCUGAAUGAUCUGGAGAAUGCCCCCGAGUUCUCCAUCUUUGUCCUCCACGCCUGUGCACACAACCCGACCGGGACUGACCCAACUCCGGAGCAGUGGAAGCAGAUCGCCGCUGUCAUGAAGCGCCGGUUUCUGUUCCCCUUCUUUGACUCAGCCUAUCAGGGCUUUGCAUCUGGAGACCUUGAGAAAGACGCCUGGGCCGUCCGCUAUUUUGUGUCUGAAGGAUUUGAGCUCUUCUGUGCUCAGUCCUUUUCCAAGAACUUCGGGCUCUACAAUGAGCGAGUGGGCAAUCUGACCGUGGUUGCAAAAGAACCUGACAGCAUCCUGCGGGUCCUUUCCCAGAUGGAGAAGAUUGUGCGAAUUACUUGGUCCAACCCCCCUGCUCAGGGCGCACGAAUUGUGGCCUCUACCCUCUCUAACCCUGAGCUCUUCAAAGAAUGGACAGGUAAUGUGAAGACAAUGGCUGACCGGAUUCUGACCAUGAGAUCUGAACUCAGGGCACGCUUAGAAGCCCUCAAGACUCCUGGAACCUGGAACCACAUCACUGAGCAAAUUGGAAUGUUCAGCUUCACUGGGUUGAACCCCAAGCAGGUUGAAUAUCUGGUUAAGGAAAAGCACAUCUAUCUGCUGCCAAGUGGCCGGAUCAACAUGUGUGGCUUAACUACUAAAAAUCUAGAUUAUGUGGCCACCUCCAUUCAUGAAGCAGUCACCAAAAUCCAGUGAGGAAACACCUCCCCAACCAGCGUCACCAAAGCGGCCCUGUCUCGUGUGUCCCCCGCCUGUGCAAGCCUAGCUGUGCGUGUCACGGAAAGAGACUCCAGAGGCUGGAGGCUGCUCUGGUGAGGCGGCCCCACGUGAGGAGGGCUUCCCUUGUAAGAAAUGGGGGCCAGGGAUUAGAGCCCCUUAGGAGGCCAGAGCAAAUUAAGGUUUUAAUUUAAGAAGAAUAAAAAGGUACUUUGAUCAUGACACAUAGAUAUCUUGCCCCCUCACUAGAAGCCAGAAUGUUGCCUCUGUUGCUCAUGUGCUUCUGUGUAUUGCUUGACUCUGCACAGUCUUGUCCCAAAGAUCAAGUUCUCAGAAGAGCCAGCCGUGAUUUGUGAGUGUUGGCUGUGUCAUUAAAACUCGUCAUCUCUACCCAGAGUGUCUGUCUCCUGCUCUUUCUGCAUGGUUGUGUCCCUAGCGCUAAGCUCUAGUUCUCUAGGGGGAACAAGGUUAGAUUUACCUCUCUCUCUCUCUCUCUCUCUCUCUCUCUCUCUCUCUCUCUCUCUCACACACACACACACACACACACACACACACACACACACACAGUUAAUGGAAACAGAAGUUUAAGAAAACCGUAUUUACCCUUGCUGGGAGCAGUGCGUUCUGAUGUUUUUCCAUUUUAUUGUGUUCUGUUUCACUAAAGAAAUAAAAGUUAACUGAGACCUA